AUGUCUACAGAGUUGGAGCUGCCCUUCCGUCCGGACACCCAGCUGACGGAGGUGAUGCGCCUGCGGGUUCAGUCUCUGCAGCAGCGAGGCCAGAAGAGGCAGGAUGGCGAGCGCCUGCUGCGGCCCAACGAGGCCGUGUACCGGCUGGACUUCUCCAAGCAGUCCCUCCGAUUCUCACAUUGGACGGUGCGGCUGGCGCAGGCGGGACACCUCACCAUCACGGCCACCUCGCAGCUCUGGACGCCUGACCUCACCAACCUGAUGACACGUCAGCUGCUGGAGCCUGCUGGGACUUUCUGGAGGGCGCCGGGUGAUGCGAGCGAUGCGCCGGUGCAGUGCUACGAGGCCGACGCGCACGAGUUUGGCGAGAGGAUCGCAGAGCUGGCUAAGGUCAGGAAGGUGAUGUACUUCCUGUUCGCAUUUUCAGAAGGCUGCAGCCCUGAGACUAUCGACUGCUCCAUCACCUUCACAGUGGAUAGCUGA